AUGGCGCCCAAUCGCCUACGUGAUCUCAUAAUGAACGACUCGGAUUUUUCCGACUCUGACAAUGAAUUGGAGUUAUUAGAACCAAUUGCGAGGUAUCAAGAACAGAAUGGAGAGGGGAGUCCAAGCUUAAGCCGACGUCGCACUGUUAUCAAUCGUGAUACUCUUGGCGGGCAAAAAAGACUCUUUGAUGACUAUUUUGCAGAAUUGCCUGUAUUUCCUCCCCACUUUUUUCGAAGGAGGUUUCGGAUGAGUCGUUCUCUUUUUCUUCGCAUUCAUGAUGCGGUAGUAGAGCAUGACUCAUACUUCGCCCAGAAAAGAAAUUGUGCCGGAAAGCUUAGCUUGUCAUCUCUUCAAAAAAUUACCGGCGUACUCAGGAUGCUAGCCUACGGCGCUCCGGCUGAUUCUGUGGAUGAAUAUGUGAGGAUCGGAGCAAGCACUGCAAUCAAAAGCCUAAAUUUUUUUGUUAAAGCAGUAAAUGAAGUUUUCUCUGAAGAGUAUUUAAGGCCACCAAAUGCCGCCGACAUUGCUAGAUUGCUAGCGGUUAAUGAAUGCCGUGGAUUCAUUUAG